UGAUAUGAGGGGAGGGGAGGCCGAAGGGGAGUCUGAGGUCAGGAGCCUUGAAUCCCAGGGAGAGGCUAGGGCCUGGACUCAGGGGUCCCUGGGAGCCACAGGAGGCUGUAGAGUAGGGGAGGAGCCAGGGAAGGAAACUCUGAAGGAAACAGGGCCGUGCCCUGAACACACGUGGAAUCCGGGUGCUCGCUGAGUCACAAAUCCUGGAAGCUCAGGGUCGUGGAGAGGAAGCCCUGCCGCUCUAUGCAAGGUCUUCCUGUUUUUGGAGGAGGCAGGCACUCCAGGGCCGAUCGUCUCGAAUCACCUUCACCUCUGGGGGCUCAGAAUCCCUGAGCCACAAAGCUGGGGCAGGGCUGGGGGAUACCCCUGCUGCUCAGACAGGGAAAUGGGCACGGAGCUUGCCCAGUACUUCCCAGAAGGACGAGGCUGCUGAGCUUCUCAUUCGGGGCUCCGGGACCUGGACUGUACCCCUUUCUGGCGUCACCUCCUGUCGCCUCGCCCUCGCCAUGCAGACCCCGCAAGCGUCCCCUCCCCGCCCGGCCCUGCUACUUCUGCUGCUGCUACUGGGGGGCGCCCACGGCCUCUUUCCUGAGGAGCCGCCACCGCUCAGCGUGGCCCCCAGGGACUACCUGAACCACUAUCCCGUGUUUGUGGGCAGCGGACCCGGACGCCUCGCCCCCGCAGAAGGUGCUGAGGACCUCAACAUCCAGCGAGUCCUGCGAGUCAACAGGACGCUGUUCAUUGGCGACAGGGACAACCUCUACAGGGUAGAGCUGGAGCCCCCCACGUCCACGGAGCUGCGGUACCAGAGGAAACUGACCUGGAGAUCGAAUCCCAGCGACAUAAACGUGUGUCGGAUGAAGGGCAAACAGGAGGGCGAGUGUCGAAACUUUGUAAAGGUGCUGCUCCUUCGGGACGAGUCCACGCUCUUUGUGUGCGGUUCCAACGCCUUCAACCCGGUGUGCGCCAACUACAGCAUAGACACCCUGCAGCCCGUGGGAGACAGCAUCAGUGGUAUGGCCCGCUGCCCGUACGACCCCAAGCACGCCAAUGUUGCCCUCUUCUCUGACGGGAUGCUCUUCACAGCUACUGUUACCGACUUCCUAGCCAUUGACGCUGUCAUCUACCGCAGCCUCGGGGACAGGCCCACCCUGCGCACCGUGAAACACGACUCCAAGUGGUUCAAAGAGCCUUACUUUGUCCAUGCGGUGGAGUGGGGCAGCCAUGUCUACUUCUUCUUCCGGGAGAUCGCGAUGGAGUUUAACUACCUGGAGAAGGUGGUGGUGUCCCGCGUGGCCCGAGUGUGCAAGAACGACGUGGGAGGCUCCCCCCGCGUGCUGGAGAAGCAGUGGACGUCCUUCCUGAAGGCGCGGCUCAACUGCUCUGUGCCCGGGGACUCCCACUUCUACUUCAACGUGCUGCAGGCUGUCACAGGCGUGGUCAGCCUCGGGGGCCGGCCCGUGGUCCUGGCUGUGUUUUCCACACCCAGCAACAGCAUCCCUGGCUCGGCUGUCUGCGCCUUUGACAUGACACAGGUGGCAGCUGUGUUUGAAGGCCGCUUCCGAGAGCAGAAGUCCCCCGAGUCCAUCUGGACGCCGGUGCCGGAGGAUCAGGUGCCUCGACCCCGGCCUGGGUGCUGCGCAGCCCCCGGGAUGCAGUACAAUGCUUCCAGCGCCCUUCCGGACGACAUCCUAAACUUUGUCAAGACCCACCCUCUGAUGGACGAGGCGGUGCCCUCGCUGGGCCACGCGCCCUGGAUCGUGCGGACCCUGAUGAGGCACCAGCUGACUCGAGUGGCUGUGGACGUGGGAGCCGGCCCCUGGGGCAACCAGACUGUUGUCUUCCUGGGUUCUGAGGCAGGGACUGUCCUCAAGUUCCUCGUCCGGCCCAACGCCAGUACCUCAGGGACAUCUGGGCUCAGUGUCUUCCUGGAAGAGUUUGAGACCUACCGGCCAGACAGGUGUGGACGGCCGGGCGGUGGCGAGACAGGGCAGCGGCUGCUGAGCUUGGAGCUGGACGCAGCUUCAGGGGGCCUGCUGGCUGCCUUCCCCCGCUGCGUGGUCCGAGUGCCCGUGGCUCGCUGCCAGCAGUACUCCGGGUGCAUGAAGUCCCUGGUCUGCUCUAGGAACUGUAUCGGCAGUCAGGACCCCUACUGCGGGUGGGCCCCAGAUGGCUCCUGCAUCUUCCUCAGCCCAGGCACCAGAGCCACCUUUGAGCAGGACGUGUCCGGGGCCAGCACCUCAGGCUUAGGGGACUGCACAGGACUCCUGCGGGCCAGCCUCUCAGAGGACCGCGCGGGGCUGGUGUCGGUGAACCUGCUGGUGACAUCGUCGGUGGCGGCCUUCGUGGUGGGAGCCGUGGUGUCCGGCUUCAGCGUGGGCUGGUUCGUGGGCCUCCGUGAGCGGCGGGAGCUGGCCCGGCGCAAGGACAAGGAGGCCAUCCUGGCGCACGGGGCGGGCGAGGCGGUGCUGAGCGUCAGCCGCCUGGGCGAGCGCAGGGCGCAGGGUCCCGGGGGCCGGGGCGGAGGCGGCGGCGGCGCCGGGGUUCCCCCCGAGGCCCUGCUGGCGCCCCUGAUGCAGAACGGCUGGGCCAAGGCCACGCUGCUGCAGGGCGGGCCCCACGACCUGGACUCGGGGCUGCUGCCCACGCCCGAGCAGACGCCGCUGCCGCAGAAGCGCCUGCCCACCCCGCACCCGCACCCCCACGCCCUGGGCCCCCGCGCCUGGGACCACGGCCACCCCCUGCUCCCCGCCUCCGCUUCGUCCUCCCUCCUACUGCUGGCGCCCGCCCGGGCCCCCGAGCAGCCCUCCGCGCCUGGGGAGCCGACCCCCGACGCCCGCCUCUAUGCUGCCCGGCCCGGCCGCGCCUCCCACGGCGACUUCCCGCUCACUCCCCACGCCAGCCCGGACCGCCGGCGGGUGGUGUCGGCGCCCACGGGCCCCUUGGACCCAGCCUCAGCCGCCGAUGGCCUCCCGCGGCCCUGGAGCCCGCCCCCGACGGGCAGCCUGCGGAGGCCGCCGGGCCCCCACGCCCCUCCGGCCGCCACCCUGCGCCGCACCCACACGUUCAACAGCGGCGAGGCCCGGCCUGGGGACCGCCACCGCGGCUGCCACGCCCGGCCCGGCACAGACUUGGCCCACCUCCUCCCCUAUGGGGGGGCGGACAGGACUGCGCCCCCCGUGCCCUAGGCCAGGGGCCCCCCGAUGCCUUGGCAGUGCCAGCCACGGGAACCAGGAGCGAGAGACGGUGCCAGAACGCCGGGGCCCGGGGCAACUCCGAGUGGGUGCUCAAGCCCCCCCCGCGACCCACCCGCGGAGUAGGGGGCCCCCUCCGCCACAAGGAAGCACAACCAGCUCGCCCUCCCCCCACCCGGGGCCGCAGGACGCUGAGACGGUUUGGGGGUGGGUGGGCGGGAGGACUUUGCUAUGGAUUUGAGGUUGACCUUAUGCGCGUAGGUUUUGGUUUCUUUUGCAGUUUUGGUUUCUUUUGCGGUUUUCUAACCAAUUGCACAACUCCGUUCUCGGGGUGGCGGCAGGCAGGGGAGGCUUGGACGCCGGUGAGGAAUGGGGGGCCACAGCUGCAGACUCAAGCCCUCCCCCACCCCUGGAAAGGUCCCUCCCCGACCCAGGCCCCUGGCGUGUGUGGGUGUGCGUGCGUGUGUGUGCCGUGUUCGUGUGCAAGGGGCUGGGGAGGUGGGCGUGCGUGUGCGUGCCAGCGAGGGCUGCUGUGGGCGUGUGUGUCAGGUGGGCCACGCGUGCAGGGUGUGUGUCCACAAGCGACGAUCGUGGUGCCUCCAGCGGCCUGGGCGUUGGCUGAGCCGACGCUGGGGCUUCCAGAAGGCCGGGGGCCUCCGAGGUGCCGGUUAGGAGUUUGAACCCCGCUCUGCAGAGGGAAGCGGGGACAAUGCCGGGGUUUCAGGCAGGGGACACGGGGAGGGCCUGUCCAGAAGUCACAUCGGCAGCAGCUGUCUAAAGGGCUUGGGGCCUGGGGGACGGUGAAGGUGGGCGGGGCCCCUCUGUAAAUACGGCCCCAGGGUGGUGAGAGACUCCCAUGCCACCCGUCCCCUUGUGACCUCCCCCCUCUGACCUCCAGCUGACCAUGCAUGCCACGUGGCCGGCUGGGUCCUCCACCCUCUCUGGAGUUUGCCUCCCCCAGCCCCCUCCCCAUCAAUAAAACUCUGUUUACAACCACCGGC